AUGCAGGGCGAGAUCCAGACUUUCCAGGACGAGGUCAAGGCCACCGCGGCCUUCCAGAAGCAACCCCGCUUUGCCCGUACCAUCCGCCCCUACUCGACCGCCGAUGUCGUUUCUAAGCGUGGCACUAUCCAGCCCACCUACCCUUCGGACCUCAUGGCUAAGAAGCUCUGGAAGAUCCUCGAGGCCAAGGCUCGUGGCGAGGGUGGUGGCUGUACCUUCACCUACGGCGCCCUUGACCCCGUCCAGAUCACCCAGAUGGCCAAGCACCUCGAGACCGUCUACGUCUCGGGCUGGCAGUGCUCGUCGACCGCCUCGAGUUCGCUCGAGCCCGGUCCGGAUCUUGCCGACUACCCCUCCAACACUGUUCCCAACAAGGUUGCCCAGCUCUUCACUGCCCAGCUCUUCCACGACCGCAAGCAGCGCUUCACCCGCUCGACCGCUAUUGCCAAGGGCGAGGACCCUGGAGCUUACACCGACUACCUUCGCCCCAUUGUCGCCGACGGUGACACUGGCCACGGUGGUCUCACCGCGGUCAUGAAGCUUACCAAGAUGAUGGUGGAGUCGGGUGCCGCCGGUAUCCACAUUGAGGACCAGGCUCCCGGUACCAAGAAGUGUGGUCACAUGGCCGGCAAGGUGCUUGUGCCCAUCUCGGAGCACAUCAACCGCCUUGUCGCUAUCCGUUUCCAGUGCGACAUUAUGGGCACCACCAACCUCGUGGUCGCCCGUACCGACUCGGAGGCUGCCACUCUGAUCACCUCCAACAUUGACCCGCGCGACCACGCCUUCAUCCUCGGCUCGACCAACCCCUCGCUCCGCCCCCUCGUCGAGGUCAUGGGUGAGGCUGAGGCCGCCGGCAAGCUUGGCCCUGCACUCCAGACCAUUGAGGAUGAAUGGCUCAAGGCCGCCAACCUCCAGCUCUACAACGACCUCCUCGCUGGUGAAAUCAAGAAGCAGGGUGGCAACCCCGCCAAAUUCCUCGACGAGGUCUCUAACGCCUCGAACGCACAGGCGCUGGCCAUUGCUAAGCGCAACGGUCUCCGCUCGGAGCCCUUCUUCGACUGGAACGCCCCCCGCACUCGCGAGGGCUACUUCCGCUACCGCGGUGGCACCAAGUGCGCCAUCAACCGUGCUGUUGCGUACUCUGACUUCUGUGACCUCGUGUGGAUGGAGACCAAGAGCCCCAUUUACUCGCAGGCCAAGGAGUUUGCUGAGGGCGUCCACGCCAAGGCCCCCGGACUGUGGCUCGCUUACAACCUUUCGCCCUCGUUCAACUGGGAUGCCGCUGGCCUUGGCGCCAAGGAGAUGAAGGACUUUGUCUGGGACCUCGGCAAGCUGGGCUUCGUCUUCCAGUUCAUUACCCUCGCUGGUCUCCACUCGAACGCCUACAUCAACGACCUCUUCGCCCAGAACUUUGCCAAGGAGGGCAUGAAGGCCUACGUCGAGCUCAUCCAGCGCCGCGAACGCGACAUUGGCUGCGACGUUCUCACCCAUCAAAAAUGGAGCGGCGCCGAAUUCGCAGAUGCUAUGUUGAUGACCGUGACCGGCGGCGUAUCGAGCACUGCCGCUAUGGGUGCAGGUGUGACAGAGGGCCAAUUCGCUUCCAAGACGAAGCUGUAA